AUGGAAAGUCAGUCAACAGCUGGAUUAGUCCUAAUUUCAAAGCUCUACAACGAGGGCCUAAUCAAUGACAAGGACAGAGACAAUCUCAAGGAUAUGGUAUUCAAUGAAGACUCAACUCUUUUAACUCUGAUUGAAAAGUACUCUGAAGAUGAAUAGUACCUAAGAGAAGCUAUCCUGAAGUACGUGCAUGGUGGCAACAUGAGAAUGACUCAGUGCUAGCGAGUUAGCAUUAAGGUAGACUCAUCAGACAUCCACUAAUUGAGCAGCCCAACAGAUAGUGCAAUCGAUAUGAAGAAAAUGCGCAGAUUGAAUCAGCUGUAGCAAGAGCAACUCAAGUACGAGCAACUCGAGCAACAAGAGAACUUGAUGCCAGCCGCCUCAAAAUAAAACAACAUAUCUCUGGGCAUGAAGGGAUGCGACCUAGGGUGCUCGCCUCAAAUGUCUAAGAACAGUCUUGUGCCUAAGAAGAAGAUGGUUCAAGGCAGAUUAAGUCCUCUGGGAGUGCAGUCCAGAUAGUUCUUAUUCGACCAGAAUAUGCUUCACUGA